UGAUCCUUACAGCGGUAUCAAGCAUCAUACCAACAAAAUUUCUGUUUUUUUUUCUUUUCUUUUUCUUCGGAAAUCCAGAAUUGUUUAGAAUUCAUUAUUUGCCGGUCUCACCCAUUUUGAACAUAUUCAUUUUAAUACAUUCUUGAGCAGAGAUGUCCUCGUAUUGUUUGUAAUUGAUGCUGUCUGAUCUUAUUGUGGUGCCUCUAUUGGCACCUGAUUCUUAAAAGAGAUUCAUCUUACCCUGCCGCUGGUCUUCUCUCUCUCCCUCUCCCUCUCUCAGAUUUUACCGGCCACACAAGGGACGAAAAAAGGCCGGUGGCCGGGAAGGGAGAUUAGGUUUAAUUAUGGAGGCUGCAAACGCGUCCAUGCUGGUACCACAUAUAACAGGUCUUACUGCCGGAGAUGAUAAAUUUUGCCUAGCGAUUGACAGGAUCACUUCCUACGGAUACUUAUUCAGAAAUGGGCAUAAUCCAUUGAGUUACUCCUUCACUCUUUUAAUAUUGCAGCUCUCUGUGGCUCCUUUUAUUAUUUUAGUCACUCAUCAUAUCCUGCACAAGGCUAUUGGAACUCCCCUCAUGAUUUCACAGAUCAUUGGUGGUAUUAUCCUAGGUCCUUCAGUUCUGGGGCACAUCCAUAACUUCGGGGAGACUAUGUUUCCCAUGAGAAGCAUUAUAGUACUUGAUAUCAUUGCUACUAUGGGUACCAUCUACUUCCACUUUCUCAUUGGAUUGCAGAUGGAUGCUUGUAUGAUCCUAAAGGCCGGAAGAAGAGAACUUCUUAUAGGAAUUUCAUGCGUUGUGGUUCCGAUAUUGUUAUCUAUGGCGAGCUCUGUCAUAGUAAACAACUAUUCCAAUGUUGAGUUCAAUGUAAGAUCCUCUCUGUUUUUUGUAGGAGGAGCUGAAUCCAUGGUUGCGUUUCCUGUCAUUGCUUCAGUCCUUGCGGAAUUGAAGCUUCUAAACACAGGGUUUGGCCGCAUAGCCUUGUCCUCAACCAUGAUUAGUGGCUUAAUAAGUUUUUCAGUUAUCAGUUUUAUACUGAUAAUUAAAACGUCAGUAAUAGAAACUAUAUCUAUGCUCCAAAAAAUAAUAGCUGGUGGUGCUUUGUUGGCACUCGUGGUGUUUAUUCGAAGGCUAGUGAUGUGGAAGAUUAAAAAGGUUCCAGAUGCACAAGCAGUUCACCGUGAGUUGUUGAGUUUCAUAACUCUUUCAGUUCUGGUGACUGCUCUUCUUAGCAAAUAUGCUGGCCAAAAUGUCAUCAUCGGCCCUUUUCUUUUGGGCAUGGCUUUGCCUGCUGGACCACCUAUAGGAUCAGAACUUGUGAAGAGACUUGAUUUUUUCGUAACUUGGAUCAUCAUGCCUUUCUUCUUUGUAAUGCACGGGUUAGAGAUGGAUCUAUCUACGUUGAGGUUGCAAAAUGUUGUUGCCGUGGAGGCAGUCAUCCUCGUUAGCGUUUUUGGGAGGUUUUCAGCAGUCACACUAGCUUCUCUUUAUUGCAAUAUGGGUGCAAAGGAUGCCUUGUCGGUUGGCCUCACCGUGAAUGUGCAAGGCGCUAUUGAGCUUUACAUGUUUAAAAUGCUGAGGGAUAUCGAGAUAAUUGACAACAACUCCUUUCUGAUCAUGUCUCUUUCGACGGUGAUUGUAACCGGGGCAGUUACGCCCAUCAUAAAAUUCGUAUACAAUUCAAAGAAAUAUUCAAUUCAAAAGAGAACGAUUCAACAUUUAGCACCAAACACUGAGCUUCGAAUGCUUGUAUGCAUCCAGAAUCAAGAUAAUGUACCUGCAGCGAUCCAUCUACUUAAGGCAUCCAAUCCAGCCAGGAAUAGUCAAAUUAGGGUGUACCUUAUACACCUAGUAGAACUUGUCGGUCGAGCAACACCUCUCUUCAUCGCGCACAAGAAAAGCCAACGGCCUCCUUCUUCAACCCAAGGAUUAUCCGGUCGAAUAGUCAAUGUCUUCAAUCGUUACGAAGAAAACAAUAUCGAAACCAUUUCGGUGAAGUCAUACACUGCUGUAUCACCUUUUGACGCGAUGCAUAUUGAUGUAUGCACCAUGGCUCUUAACAAGAAAACUUGCAUAAUAAUCAUUCCCUUUCACAAGCAAUUGGAUAGCACCACAAAGUUGUUUACUCCAAAUGUGGGUUUCAAGGCUGUGAACAAAGAAAUCAUAAACAAAGCUCCAUGCUCUGUUGGUAUAAUUCUCGACCGUGGUCUCCUUGGAGGGUUUAGAUUUGUUUUCGCAAGUUGGUUAUCUUAUCAUGUUUCGAUGCUCUUUAUUGGAGGUGCUGAUGACCGAGAGGCAUUAGCAUAUAGUGCUCGAAUGUCUCAGCACCCAAGCAUAAGCUUCACAAUGGUCCGGGUUGUUAUGAGCAAAGACAUACCAGAUUACUUUGACGAGAGACUACUGGAUGAUGAAGCGGUUGACGACACAAGACAAAGUAUGUCAGGAAAUGAUCAGUUUAUAUAUAUGGAGGAAUUCGUAAAAGACCGAUCGGGUUUUUUAAGUUUAAUUCAAUCCAUGUCUAAUGAGUACCAGCUUUUAAUGGUGGGUAGAAACCAAGAUCCAAAUCUAUUAUGCAGAAUUGGAAUUGGAGAAUGGAACAAUGAUGAACCAACAGAGUUAGGAAUCAUAGGAGAUAUGAUCGCAUCAGAUAUAGAAGGAAAAGCAACAUUAUUGGUAGUGCAACAACAAAGACUAAAAAGACAGCGUAAAGAUGAAAAGUCUAUGUAGUUAAAUGGUAAAGAAGAGCGGAUAAAUUGUAAAUUUUAUUCAGUCUAGUAGGCAUGGCAUUUUAAAGCUCUUGUAGAUAAACAAGCUAGAUACGUAGGAAUAUAUGUCAUUAAAUCAUAUAUAUGUAGACAUUUUAUUUAUAGAAACAAUAUUUUCA